AGACCGAGUUGAUACUUUCAAAAGGGCCAGGCGCGCGCAUAGCCUUGACUUGUCAGCACAGGCACGCCCCCCAGCGGCCUGAGCGUGCACAGCGAGGAGGAGCGUGUGCGCGCCCGGUGAGACCGCCGCUCGAGCAGACACGUCCGCGUGCACUCAGACGUCACUCAGCAUGGACUACGCCGCCAACAGCUACUCGGCCACAGGGAGCGCAAACGCCUCUUUGGCCGCCAUGAGCCUCAACGAGCACCGCCAGGAGAAUGGCGUGCAGAUGGGACACGCCCAAGUGACAGCUCCUGCCAAGAUGGAUAACGGUGCUGCAGAGAAGACACCCAUCAAAGUUGCCAAGAGUAACAAAACACCCGCCUCCUCCCGUAAUGGCCCCAGUGCCAUCCCUGUUAAAUCCGCAGGCGGUGCAGGGCCAGAGCAGCUCAGAAAUGUCGCAGGCGUAAAGUCUCAAAAUUCUGGAAGCAAAGCGGCCGCCAGAGCUCAGCCAGACGCGGUCAGCGGACAAAGCAGUCCCGGCACUCCCAAGUCUCCCUCUAGUCAGGCACUCUCCGGAAAGUCAGCGGGCGAUGCCCACAAAGUAAAGAAGGUAGCGGUGGUCCGCAGUACGCCCAAGUCGCCGGGUUCCCUGAAGAGUCGCCCACCGGCCCCACUGGCUGCCGCUGCCACGGCCAUGCCAGACUUGAAGGGUGUCAAGUCCAAGAUCGGAUCCACAGAAAACAUGAAGCACCAGCCGGGUGGCGGAAAGGUGCAGAUCCUGGACCAAAAGGUGGACUACAGUAGCGUGCAGUCUAAGUGUGGCUCUAAAGCCAACCUCAAGCACGUGCCUGGUGGCGGAAAUGUUCAAAUCUUGGACAAGAAGAUGGACCUGACAGGCGUCCAGUCCCGCUGCGGCUCCAAGGACAACAUGAAGCACACACCAGGAGGCGGCAAGGUUCAGAUUCUAGACAAGAAGUUGGACUUGAGCACUGUGCGUUCCCGCUGCGGUUCCAAAGAUAAUAUGAAACACGUCCCUGGUGGUGGCAAUAUCCAAAUCGUCCACAAAAAAGUCGAUCUGAGCAAUGUGACGUCCAAGUGCGGCUCCAAAGACAACAUCCAUCACAAACCAGGUGGCGGGAACGUGGAGAUUAAAAACGAGAAGUUGGAGUUCAAAGUUCAGUCCAAGAUUGGCUCGCUGAACAACAUUGGCCACGUUCCUGGAGGCGGCCAGAGGAAGAUCGAGAGCCACAAACUGACCUUCCGUGAGAGCGCCAAGGCUCGCACCGACCAUGGCGCGGAGAUCGUGUCAUUGGAGGACUCCCCCCAACAGCUCAGCACCGUGUCGUCCUCCGGCAGCCUCAACAUGGCCGACCCCCCUCAACUGUCCACGCUGGCCGACCAGGUGAGCGCCUCGCUGGCCCAACAGGGCCUGUGAGCGUCGGCCUGCCCACCUUCCUGUCACCGCCUCGUCCAGCUGCGUUGCCUUCCUCGUCUUCUUCUCCUCACCGGACUUUUUGUAAUCGACAUCACUCUUGAAAACACACUUCACUGUCCUUACGAAGUCUAUUUGGUCUUACUGUGCCGCCAUUUUGACCAUCCAGUGAUUAGACGCAUCCCGCUGAGUCGUGGAGGUCAGGCUCGGAGCUGUUCGGGUCCAGUUUGUGGACACGUCUUGAACAACCGCUAGCGUUGGUUUUCUGUCGUCUUCGGGGACCUUUGAGGUGGUUUUGAUGAGAAGAAACGUUCGUAUCGUGCCUGCUGCCGUGUUUUUCUAUUAUGUCUGUUUGCGGGCUGACUGUAUUGUGGCGCCAUUUGAGUGACUACUUUUGUCAGCGGAAGUUCACACCUCCAACCAGCAGGGGUCAGCACUCACCCUUGUAAGGGCCAGUCACACUUGCUAAUCGACUUUAUCUACAUACCUUUGUCGCGAUGUGUGAAAGUUAAUUCAUUUUCCAUGGGAACGUCUUUCUCUGUUUAUUUGAUGCACAUUCGUCGUUCUUUCUAAAAACUUGCAUAAUUUCAAUUAAGUUCCUGCUGUUACGUCAUUUCCUGCAUGCGCCUAACCGGAUUUGUAGAUUGGGGAAACUCGUCUAGUCUGUGCAGGGUAUGCCUCACAAACAGGUGGCGCUGUUUAAAAAAAGAAAAAAAAGUAGAAUUUAGAAGAGUUGGGGUGCAUGCGAAAUCCUUCAAACGUGAAGAAGCCAUUUUGACAUGAGCCAGUUUCCAUAGUAACUCACCUUUUUGUUGAGACGCUGUACAGUGGUGCCAAUGUGAUUGUCGUUCUUGUGCAUUUACUGACUCUUCACAAUAACUUGUUGCUGUAUGUGUUUGAAAAUAAAAGCUACUAAGACACCGACCUGGUUUCUCAUUUGUCAGCACAGAUAAGCAGCAGAGAGAAUGUGGCCAAGUUAAACAUAAAUGUUUUAAUGGAGCUAUUUACAAAAAGAAAAUAGUGAUUAACUGCUGCAACAAUCAAACAGGUACAUCAUGUGACGUCACUACUGAAAAGACAACAGUGAUUGGCUGUGGCAAAAGCAAAGGAUGGAUUUUUUUUUUCUUUUCAAUUUUGCAUAGUCAAGUCGACGGGAGCGUGUGGUUCGGAUGUGAACAGGGGAGUUUCCCUUAAGGUAGAACAACCUGAGCUCUGGUGGCAUCUUGCUGAGAGCUGCUACAUGUGACAAGUGUUAGCAUGUUUAGCAUGCAGCAGCGCCUCCUGCAGGACAAGUGCUGAAAGACACCCCAGCGUCACGUAGGAAUGGUUCACUAGUCAAAGACAACGUUACGCUGGAACACACAACAUACAAACAUGUCCGGAAUGGAAAAAGCAACAAACUAAACAAGUGCUCUGAUGUCAGGCCACCGCCAAAGGAGAGGUGCCACAUCCUAAAUGUACCUGUUUAUUUGGAUGAGUGGGGGGUGGGAGUUUUUUUUUUUUUUUCUUCUUUUGUUAUUUUU